GGGCUGGCGGCGGGUGGCGGAGCGCGCGGCCGCGGUUGCUGAGUGACGUCGCUCGGGAUGGCGGCUCUGGCGCCGGGAGACCCGAAGCUCGUUUCCAUGAUUGUCAACCACCUGAAGAGCCAGGGCCUCUUCGACCAGUUCCGCCGCGACUGCCUGGCCGACGUCGACACCAAGCCUGCAUAUCAGAAUUUACGGCAGCGAGUGGAUAACUUUGUGUCCAACCAUCUUGCAAGCCACACGUGGAGCCCUCAUCUGAACAAGAAUCAGCUAAGGAACAGUCUUAGACAGAUGGUCCUACAAUCAGGUAUGCUAGAAGUUGGUGUCGACAGGAUCAUUUCUCAAGUCGUGGAUCCAAAGAUAAAUCACAUAUUCCGGCCUCAAGUUGAGAAAGCCGUACAUGAGUUUUUAGCAACUUUGGAUCAGAAAGAAGAGCCUACUGCUAUGAGUCUUGUGCCGAGCUCUGAGAAAUCAGAGCCAACGACCCCAGGUCUUUCGUCUACUGGUCCAAGUACAAGCAAAGCUGAUGAUGCUCUUUCUAUUCUGGACACAAUAACCUCACUUAAUCAGGAAGCCAGUGCGGCCAGGUCUACAGUAGAAAAUGCAUCGAAUAAGAAUGGUGAAAAGAGCUCCAAGAAAAACUUUACUUCAGAAUUCAAGUCUCAACAAAGUUUUGAUUUGGGAAUGGAGAAAGAUCGCACUAAUGAAGAGUUAGAAAAACUUGCGUUAGAAACCAAAAUAGAUGAUGGAAGGAUUUGUUCUAAGUCAGAAGGCUCAAAUAACAUUUUAAUGCCUGUGAAAGAUUUUGAGGAAAAAAAUGCAACAUCUGAGAUCAUAGAAGAAUGUCUUGAAGAUAUGAAUGCAAUAAAGGACAAAAUUGAUAAGGUGGAUAAGAAGGAUGUUCUAAGAAAGGAUGAAUAUUCUGGAUUUUCAAAGGAGGAAAGAAGAGGAAAGGGAAAAGAAUAUGAAUCUAUGAAAUACAUCACUGCGGCUCUAACCAUUAAGCAGAAAGCCAAGGAAAACUUAAAGAAAGAAUAUUCUUUUGAGGAUUCUGAUUUUGAAGGCCUUAGCGACAUCACUGUAAGUUCAGUACAUACCAGUGAUCUGUCGUCUUUUGAUGUGGAUGAUGAAGAGGAGGAGGGUGAAAUUGCAGCUUCUGACAGCACUGAAGACAACCAAGAACAAAGUUCAGAAGAAAAAGAUACUAAGUUGGAAACAAACGAGGAUCAAAAGGAGGGACGAGCAAAACCCGUGCGACAUCCAUACAUCCACAAACCAUUUUUAUAUUCAAAGUAUUAUAGUGAUUCAGAUGAUGAAGAAACAGUAGUUCAGCGUCGACAGUCAAUCGCUAAAGAGAAAGCCGAACGGUUACUUAGGCGGCAGUGGAACAGGGAGAGAAGAGAUGAUAAGCGCAAACAGGUGGAAACUGAUAAAGACAGACCACCAGAGGAGAGAUGCAGUGAUGAAGAACGUCAUCACACAUUGCAAAAAGGUGUUGGCAGUAAUUCAGAUGUUGUAAUGAAUUCAAGGAAAAUGCAACAAUCAACAGCCCUAAAUUCUAAAGUAAAUAAAGCAACAUUGAAAGAACAAAGGGUCUUAGAGAAAAAAGUGGCAUUAAGAAGAAAAAGAAAACGAGAUUUAAGAACUCUAUCAGAGGAUCUUGUCUUGCAUGAAGAUCGGAAAAGAAAGCGUGCACAGCCAGAAGAUUUUAAAGAAAGACAGAUUAAAACGGAGUUUCUUUUUCAGAGCAAAGAAAAGGUGGUCGCUUCUUCUAUUUUAAAAGAUUCCAAGAGUGCAUCACCCUCAGAUGUACUUUCAAAGCCAUUGAGGAGACUUUCAGAAUGUAUUCAAUUAAAUGAGAGUAGAAAUGAAUUGAAAGUAGAUCGUGAGCCUUGUCGAAAACAGCUAAGAAGGAAUUCUUCCAUUCAAGAUUCGGAUGUGGAAGCAUUAAAAGUGACAGGAAUUAAUAAACUUAACUUUGAAACAGAAGGAAAUAUGAAUGAUAAAGAAGCAUCUAAACAGAAAGAUAAAGAAGAAGAAAGUGAUGAGCAAGUGAUCAUGUCUAAGAGUGGUUCUGCAGACAGCGUUCAUAUAGAUAUUGAUCAUAAGCUGAGGAACCCUUCAGAGGAGAAAGCCAUUCAGAAUUGCCUCCAUGUUUUCGUAUCAAAGACUGGCAACAAAACUUCAGUUUCUUCUAAUUCUUCAGAUUUGCCUGUAGUUGAACAGAGCCAAGAUCUUAAACUGAAAGAGUACUCAAAAGUGAAGGAAGACAAAGGUGAUGAAAAAGGGAAAGAAAAAAGACGUGAUUCUGAAAGCUUCUUGUCAAAAUCCAGGGACAAUAUACAAGAAGACACAAAAGGCCAUGAGAAGAACAAAGAAAAGAGGAGUGAUGCUGAAAGUGCUCGACCAAAAUUCAAAGAAAACUUUCAAGAAGAUUCUAAUGCCAGUGAAAAGUUGAAAGAAAAACAGAAUAAUUCUGAAAGCCCUUACCCCAAAUUACAGGGAAACACAUAUGAAUAUGUUAAAAGCCAUGAGAAAGGCAAAGAAAAGAAAAGUGAAGCUGAGCAGAUUCGAACAAAAUUUAAAGAAAGUGUGCACGACGAUAAAGGCAAGGAAAAGAGAAAUGAUUCUGAACGCUCUCGGUCACGAUCUAAAGAAAGCGUGCAGGAAGAUGCAAAAGGCAAAGAGAGGAGAAGUGAUUCUAGAAACUCUUGGUCAAAAUCCAGAGAGAGAGUGCAAGAAGAUUCAAGAAGUUACGAGAAAGUGAAAGAGAUUCAAAACACAUCUGAUAGCACUCAGUCAAAAUCAAAGGAAAAUUUUCAGGAAGAUGUGAGGAGUAAAGAGAAGAGAAAGAAUUUUGAAGAUGCGCGAUUGAAGUCCAAGGAAGAUUUGCAUGAUGAUAGGCGUAAUGAGAAGAGAAUAGAAAGGAGACACAAUUCUGAAAGCUCUCAGUCAAAAUUGAAGGAAUUAGUUGAAACUUCACGUUUGAAAUCAAAGGACACUUUGGAAAGCACAAAGUCGAGAUCGAAGGACUGCAGUGAAAGCUCUCAAUCAAAAUCCAAGGACAGUAUUGAAAGCUCACGAUCUAAAUCCAAGGAUAGCAGUGAAAGCUCACGUUCAAAGUCAAAGGAUGCUGUUGAAAGCUUAAAAUCAAAAUCCAAGGACAGCAGUGAAAGCUUACACUCUAAAUCCAAGGAUAGCAUUGAAAGCUCGAGGUCGAAAUCCAGGGACAGUGUUGAAAGCUCAAGGUCAAAAUCCAGGGACAGUGUUGAAAGCUUGCGGUCAAAAUCCAGGGAUGGCUUUGAAAGCUUGCGGUCAAAGUCCAGGGACAGUAUUGAAAGUUCAUGGUCAAAAUCAAAGGACAGUACUGAAGGUUCAGCGUCUAAAUCCAAGGACAAUGCUGAAAACUCACGAACCAAACCGAAAGACAGUGCAGAAGGUCUGCGAUCAAAAUCCAAGGACUCCAUUGAAGGCUUUGGGUUGAAAUCCAAGGAUUCUGUUGAAAACUCGCAUUCAAAAUCCAAGAGUGGCAUAGAAUGCUCACGAUCAAAAUCCAUGGACAGUGUUGAAAGCUCACGGUCAAAGCCCAAGGACAAUGCAGAAAGUUUGAGAUCAAAACCCAAAAACAGUGGUGAAAGCUCGAGGUCAAAACCCAAGGACAGCAUUGAAAGCUCACGUUCCAAAUCCAAGGAUGGCAUUGAGAGCUCUCGGUCAAAACCCAGAGACAGCUUUGAAAGCUUGCAGUCAAAAUCCAAGGAUAGCUGUGGGAGCUCACGGUCAAAAUCCAAGGAUAGCAGUGAGAGUUCACGGUCAAAACCAAAGAACAGCUGUGAAAGUUUGCGGUCAAAAUCCAAGGACCAUGUUGAAAACUCGCAGCCAAAACCCAAGGUUAACAUUGAAACUUCGCAGUCAAAAUCAAAAGACAGUUCUGAAAUCUCACGGUCAAAAUCAAAAGACAGCUCUGAAAUCUCACGGUCAAAAUCAAAAGGCAAUUCUGAAAUCUCACGGUUAGAAUCAAAAGGUAGCUGUGAACUCUCGCGGUCAAAAUCAAAAGACAGCUGUGAACUCUCGCGGUCAAAAGCAAAAGUCAGCUCUGAAAUCUCGCGCUCAGAAUCAAAAGACGACUCUGAAAUCACGCGGUUAGAAUCAAAAGACAACUCUGAAAUCUUGCGCUCAGAAGACAACUCUGAAAUCUCGCAGUCAAAAUCAAAAGGCAGCUCUGAAAUCUUGCGCUCAGAAUCAAAAGACAACUCUGAAAUCUCGCAGUCAGAAUCAAAAGCUAGCUGUGAAAUCUCAACGUCAAAAUCAAAAGACAACUCUGAAAGCUCGCGGUCAAAGUCGAGAGACUGCACUGAAAGCUCACGGUCAAAAUCAAGAGACUGCACUGAAAGCUCGCAGUCAAAAUCAAGAGACUGCACUGAAAGCUCGCAGUCAAAAUCAAGAGACUGCACUGAAAGCUCGCAGUCAAAAUCAAGAGAAUGCACUGAAAGCUCGCAGUCAAAGCCAAAGGACAAUAUUGAAUGUAAUCAGAAGGGAAUAGAAGAAAGACAUGACUCAGAAAAUAUUCAGUUAAAAUCCAGAGAUUCAGAGACAUCACCAUUAAAAUCUAAGGAAACAUUAGAGGCAGUCAUUCAGUUUGAGAAAGCACAAAAGUGGCAUAAUUCUGAGUUAGAGUUCAGAGAAACAGUAUGGAAUGAUAUCCAAGACAAUGAAAAAGGAAUGGAGAAGAAGCAUGGUUCUGUAAACACUUGGUCAAAACCCAAAGAGCAUUCAGAAAGCUCUCAAUCAAAAUUCAAGGAGAACUUGCAAGACAACGUUCAAAGCAGUGAGAAAGAAAUUGAAAAAAGGCUUGAUUCAAAAAGCAUGUAUUUUGAGAAGUCCCGAUCAAGGUCCAAGGAAGACUUGCAGGAAGAUGGAGUUAAUAAGAACGUGGAGAAAAUACAUGAGUUUGAAUCUAUUCAGUCAAAAUCAUGGGAACCUUUUCAACAUUCAUUAUUAAAAUCUAAAGAACAGUCUGAAAGCUCUCGAUCAAAAUACGAAGAAAAUUUGCCACAGGUUUCUCAAAACAGUGAGAAAGGAACAGACAAAUGUAUUUCUGAAAACAUACAAUAUUUAAAAUCCAUGGAAUACUCUGAAAGUUCUCGAUCAAAAGAAGAUCAAGAAAACAUUCAAGACAGUGAAAAAGGCGAGGAAAAGAAAAAUGAUUUCCAAUAUAUUUGGUCAGAGUCCAAAGAAUAUUCUGAAACUCUUCAAGAAAAACCCCGAGGAAAAGCACAAAGCUGUGAGAAUAAAGUAGAAAAGAAGGAUAAUUUUGAAAAUGUUCAAACAGGCUCGAUGGAUGAAACACAAAAUAAUCAAGGAAUUGAAAAACUGAAAGAAAAUGUGUCUCAAAAUUAUUUUCCCAAAUCACCCGCAGUUAGCUAUCAAGAUACUCAAAACGGUGAAACAAAAGGUAAACUGGAAAACUUAGCUCCAGUGCCCAAAAAAAAUGUGAAAUCUGCUCAAGGUAUUGGAACUGAAGAAAGAAGUGAACGUGAGAAUGAUCAACCAGAAUCUGAAGCGCACCUUCAGGAAGUUCUUGAAAGUAGUGAGACAGAGAAGAAAAAUUAUUCCAGAAGCUCAGAAUCAAAACUAAAGGAACAGCAAAUGAAAGAUAUUGACAAAACCGAUGAUACAGGGAAACAUUCUGCAAACCUUACGUCAAGUUCAAAGGAAGAAGUACAAACUGAUCAGAGUGCUGAAAAAGGAACUGACACAGCAAGCUCCCAGUUAAAAUCAGAAGAAAACAUGGUGGAUACACAAGUAAUUGGACACGGUGGCGCAGGAGAUUUACUGGUGGAAACGGAGAAGUUUCUGAAAAGUGGAGACCAGUUAGAGGAGAGAAAUGAAGCCUAUAAAAGUGGAGCAAGUGAAGGCAGCCAUUUGAAGGAUGUGCCGAAUGGUGAUAAAGAGCAAAAAUCUGUCCAAAUCAGAACUGGUAAUUGUAGUGCAGAAUUGUUGCAAAAAGAGCAAACUGAGGACCCAGCUCAUGACCAAGCUGAGAGGAUAAAUGAGUUAAACAUUCCUCUAAAUGUGAAACAACAAGGCUUUCUACGUUCUCCUUCUCAGACUAUUUCUCCAGAAGCUCCAACAUUAAAUGAUGCAAGUCUUCAACAUCCAGCUGCAAGCAGAGCACAGUUUGUUCAUUAUAAUACUCCUUCACCAGCCACUCCGACACUUGAUGAAAACUUCAGCAAUGAGGCAUCCUCUGGUUCUAAAAGUGUGGUUGAAUCUUCUUUAGAAGAUUCUGAAAAGCAAAAAGGUUGUACUUCAGCAAAUAUCAAAGAAGUUUUAUAUAAUGAACAGCAAGUUGAAGAAUUGGAAUCAAAAUGUGACCUGUUGAAUGUGAAAAAACAAGAGUUGCCAGUUCAGCAGGAUGUUGUAUCAGAGGUAAUCACAAGUGCCAGUUGUGAGUGGAAAGAUGAAGUUGCGGCGGAGCAAUCUGUUAAAGGUGCUGAAGAGCAAAGUUCCUGUCAGAGAGAAAGAAAACCCAAGCGCCCUUCCUCUCCAGUAGAAAAUCCCUCUAAGCGAAGGCAUCUUCAUUCAGAGGAGAAAAAUACAAUAGAGGAAGAAAUGCACAAACCCCAUUCAGAAGCUGCACCAGUUCAAGAACAAGAUGCAGAAAAACCAACACAAUCUCGAAGCAAAAUUGCUACCAAGCUUGAAGAAAGAACAAGAAGCCAGGCAUCUGAUUUGAACAUUCAGAAUAAACCAACUACUCGUGCAGCCAAAAGAAUUAGUAGCCCUGAGCAUCUCCCAGUGACUGAACGAGAACGGCGUUCAUCAGCUUCAGCAAAAGAGAAAUUAACAUCUGAUACAAAAGCUGUGAAAGCUCCAGUAACAAUGUCAGUUACAAGAUCAAGGAGUCAGCCAUCUCCUGUGGCUAAACAAGGACGCAAACGAGAAGCCAGUCCAGGAGAACGCAGAAGGGGUCAGCAAAAAAAUGAAGUGCCACCAAAGAGAACAAGGCGAUAACUAAGAAUGCUAGAUGUUGCUAGUCUGGCUGAACAAAAUUGUUAAGCUGUCUUGUAUAUUGUAUAUUAUAAAUUAAGUUAUAUUUGUUGUAGUAACACAAGGGAAACAUGUGAAGUCAGUAUUGAUAGAUUGAAACUGUCUUUUUUACUGUACUUAAAAUUUUGUGUUGUAUAUGGGAAAUGGUAACGAAAAUGUUAACGUGCUUUUACCUGUUGUAACUUGCAAUUUUAAGUACAAAGUUUUCAUUCUAUGAAUGUAUUUUAUUUUUACCAAAUCCUAUUUAAUUGACAAAAAAUUGUUUGCUGAGAAAAAGCAACUGAGGGAUACAACUAUUGACAAUAUACUGUACAUUUAAUGUGCAUCUCUUGUUAAUGUUCCAUAUGUUACAUCCUUGGAAUGGGUGACCAAAAUAUUUUGUAUUCACAUAAAACUCAUUGAGCAUGUACAAAUGGUUUAUAAUAAAAGAAAAUACUUGUUUAUAUAGUGCCUUAUCAUG